UCUGGACCACGUGACUGUUGAUGGCCCCAGCUCGAGCCGUCCGGAACAGUGUCGUAAAUUCCAGAACCAACCAAAGUGUGGUCAAUAAAACAGCUUUUUGUGAGGAUACCAUCUGAAUACACCAACUAAACACCCGCAUUUUAAUGUUAACACUUGAUGAACGCAGUGGGUUGUCUCUGGCAAGCCUUGAGCUAGCGUGUGGCUACUAGCAAGAAAGUAUUGGAAACUAAAUACUUAUCUUGUAUUGGCCCAUAAGACAGAGCAAGAGUAAAGGGCUCCAGAUGCGGCUAAAAGACCCAUUCUCCCUGAGAGCCGCCGACAUGACGAAGCGGACUAAUCGACCCAGGAAGCCUCGGGAUGAGGACUCAUCGGAUGAAGUCAGCGGUUUGACCUGCCAGCAUGUGAGCAAGGCAGUAGACCUGAGCUCAGUGAAGAAGAUGGUGAGCGCCAGCAUGUGGUCAGUGUGCUCUGACUGCCUCAGGGAGAGAGCCUUGAUCGAUGGGGAGCCUGCAUGUUCCCAUGACAUCCUGGUCUGCCUCAAGUGUGGAUAUCAGGGCUGUAACCAGUCAGAGACCCAGCACUCUACCAAGCAUCACCACGCUCUCCACUCAGAGUCCCACUGCAUCACCAUCAGUCUCAGCACCUGGAAGGCCUGGUGUUUUGAAUGCAACGAAGAGCUCUCCACUCACUGUAACAAGAAAGCUUUGGCUCAGACCCUGGACUUUCUACAAAAGCACUCUGUCAAGGCAACAUCAGGCACACCUCCUAAGAUCCUGAAGCUGCGUGAGGAGGCUGCUGACCAUGUUGAUCCCGCCAGAGGGAAGAGCAGCGCCUUCAAUAGCACGCUGGCUGCUGUGAAAGGCAUCAAUAACCUGGGAAACACCUGCUUCUUCAAUGCCGUAAUGCAGAACUUGUCCCAGACCCACAUGCUCAUCGACCUUAUCCAAGAACUGAAGGAGAAGGGCUACAAAAUGAGGAUCUGCCCCCCUGCAGAGAGCAACCUGAGUUUGCUGACGGUAACGCUGCCCAGCCCAGAGCCCUUGACGUCGGCCAUGUUCCUCUUCCUUCACACCAUGAAGGAGCCCGGGAAAGGUCCGAUCAGCCCCAAGAUCCUCUUCAACCAGCUGUGCCAGAAGGCUCCACGCUUCAAGGGCUAUCAGCAGCAGGACAGCCAGGAGCUCCUGCACUAUCUACUGGACUCUAUACGAGUAGAGGAGACCAAGAGAGUAAAGGCCAGCAUCCUCAAAGCUUUUAACAACCCUACAGAGAAGACUGCAGAUGAGGAGACUAAACGAAAUGUUAAAGCGUAUGGAAAGGAGGGUGUGAAGCUGAAUUUUGUGGACCGGAUCUUCGUGGGGGAGUUAACCAACACCAUCAUGUGUGAGGAAUGCGGGCAUAUCUCUACAGUGAAAGAGGCCUUCAUCGACAUCUCUCUUCCCAUCAUUGAAGAAAGGAUUUCCAAACCGUCCAACCCUGGCAGGCUGAGCAAAAGCCCCCGGGACCAGGAUGUCCACUUCCUCCAGUCCGACGCAGUCCACGCUGCUGCCCCCGCCCCGAGCAGGAACACUAGGAAGCCCAGCAGCCAGAAGCAUCCGCUGAGGAGGUCUUCAGGAUCGGUGGAGGAGGAAGGAGCCGACCGGCCCCAUGAGGAAGACGAGGAGGAGGCCCCCCUAGCGGCGGCGGCGGCGGUGCGGCCAGUGGUCGGGGCCGGUUCUCUCCUGAGCCGCGUGGGGUCGGUCGGCAGCCACUCGGAUUCCAGCGACAAAGACCCGUGCGCUCAGGACAGCAGCAACGACGCCGACAGCGAGGCCUCUGAGAGUGAGUGGACCCCGCGGCCCCCCUCCAGGUACGGUCGCGCGGGCCCGGCGCCGACCUCUCCCUCGUCGCCGAGCCCCCCGCUGAGGCCCUCCCCCACCGGCUCCGUCGCACCGCCCCGGCCGGGCGGGGCGGUGGAGCAGCUGGUCAGCGCAGUCUCCAAGAUGAACCUGGGCCCCUCUUUCCCCGGGGAGGGCUCCCCGGCGGCCCGCUUUCCCGCGGAGGACACCGCGGAGAAAGCGGCGCCCCAGGCCCGAGACAACCUUCGCCACCACCACCACCAUCAGCAGCAGCAGCAGCACCCGCUCCCCCAGGGGGCUUUCCAGGCCCUCUCCCACAGCUACACACCCAGCUCCAAGGAGUGCUCGGUGCAGUCCUGUCUGCACCAGUUCACCUCCGUGGAGCUGCUGAUGGGCAACAACAAGCUGCUGUGUGAGAGUUGCACCGAGCGCAGGCAGAAGACGCUGCGCAAGAGCGGUUCGGUCGAUAAAAGGUCUGAGAAGGUCUACACCAGCGCUAGGAAGCACAUCCUGAUCUCCUCGCUGCCUCCGGUGGUCACCCUACACCUGAAACGCUUCCACCAGGCCGGAAUGAACUUGCGUAAGGUGAACCGCCACGUGGACUUCCCCCUGGUGCUGGACCUGGCUCCUUUCUGCUCUGCUACCUGCAAGAACCUGGGUUCUGGGGAGCGUGUUCCCUACAGCUUGUAUGGCAUCGUGGAGCACAGUGGGUCAAUGCGCGGGGGCCACUACACGGCCUACGUCAGGGUCCGACCGCCCCAGAGGAGAGCUGAACACCAGCGCAGGAAUGCGUCAGGUGCAAGAGAAGCCUCCGGCCCUUCUCAGAGCCAGUGGGUGUACGUCAGCGACACCACAGUGCAGACGGUCCCAGAAUCCAGGGUCCUCAACUCUCAGGCCUACCUGCUGUUCUACGAGGAAAUGCUGUAACGAACCCGCAACGUUUCCAGUCCAUUUCGUCUUUUUCCUUGCAUGUCUGUCUUUUUUUCUUUCUUUUUUUACCUGUUGUCAGCAUACAGCCUGUACUCGCUCCUUCUACUGUACUUAAUCGGCAGACUAUUGAAGGAGGAGGGACUUGUUUUUUUUUUUUACAAAUCAACUCUUUGGGCUUCUUCUUUUCCUGCAGCAGUUUUACAAGCAAGGGGUGGAUACCUGUCUCUUCGUGAUGCAACAGUGAUGCAAUGUUUUAAAUGUGAAGUGGAGUAACUUAAAGAUUAUUUUUAUCUUUUACAAAAUACUAUAUAAUGCAUUGAACUAUCGCUUCAUCUGCGAUGCAAGUGAGGACUGGCCGGCUGAAGAACUGUAAAUGCUUCUGACAGGACAUAAAGUGGUGUUGAACUGGAGUGCAAAGAGUGCAACACCUUUAGGUGGCUCCCAAGGCCUGCAUAGAACUCGUACAUGCAUGGGUUUGCAAAAUAACAGCUGUUUUCAAAAGGUAUUCUGACAUUUAUUUAAAGAAUUGUGUGUAUAUUGAGAAAGAAAAGAGUAUUGACUUGAAGAAGUAUAGUACAGCAAAAGGAAGUGGUUAUUUGCAAGGUAUGGUAGAAUGUAUUGCAGAUUUUUGUACAUUGGAAUGUAUGAUUGUAUGACUAUCACUUAGCUUGCCCAAAAAGGGAUUUUGUAUCAUAAGAACAUCUGUCAAAAAACCAUUGCUUUUGGUAUACAUGUUUAAUAGUUGUUCCAUCAAGGGCAUCCAUCUGAUGCAUGAUGGUUCACACUAAAUAAAGGAUUUUCCUUUCUAUCAGGCUAACGAAGCACUUCUGUCUGCACUAGGUUUUAACUCUGAUCGUAUCAGUAUCCCAAGUAGCAAGCCUGCCGUUCCUCUCAAUGUCAGUUCAAAGCUCAGGCACAACUAUGGUUACAGAGUAAAAAAAAAUGUAUUGUAAAAAAAAUAUAUAUAGUAUUUCAGCUUAAGCCUUACCAAAAAAAAGUUGUGUGCAUAGGCUCAUUGUAUAUUGAAUGUAUAUUGCUUAAUCUUAAAUAGACUAACCCUAAACAAUUCGAUUUUUUAGGUGAUUUACCUCUUCAAUACAUGCAUAGAAAACAAAGUCAACUUUUAUUUCCCAAUGGCCCACAACUCAGUGCCUAUGCUUCAGGUUAAAUAAACAUGCAUGGUACAAGACCAUGAUUUUAAAGAGGAAAUGUGAGUUACCGACAUUUACGUGUGGUGGCAGACUCGUGCAGGGUUUGUACUCAUGCGUAAUUUUUUUUUGGAAUUGUUCAAUUCAAUGUAACUGUAAAACAGUUGCUGUGUGUCACAUCACGUGAAUACAAUAAAAUAAAACAUCUUAUUUAUGAACUUCA